AACGCCUUGAGAGAAACCACACAAAGCUGAAACAAUCAAAGAUCUCAAGAUCCAGAUCUCAAUCACAACAGAUCCACACAAAGCUAUGAGGAGAGUCACCGGACUUGCUGCGCGAACGAUCUCAUCCUCCGUUGGAAUCCAUCCACGACUCGCUCAAUCCAUGGCGAUUACAACGAUUUCGUCUUCCUCCGAACCAAUCACUCGAAGAUUCGGCGGUCUUCCGGAAAUUUCAACUCCUUCUUUCGCCGGCGGAGUCGCUGGGAUUGUCUUCUUCUCUGCCGCCGCUGCUUCGUCUCUUGGUCAGGAAGUUCACGCUAAGGAAAUGGCUCAGAAAUUUAAUCCUAAAGAAGUUGUUCUGUAUCAGUACGAAGCUUGCCCUUUCUGUAACAAGGUUAAAGCUUUCUUGGAUUUUAACAAGAUUCCAUACAAGAUUGUUGAAGUGAAUCCAAUCAGUAAGAAAGAAAUCAAAUGGUCUGAGUAUAAGAAGGUGCCUAUUCUUACUGUAGAUGGUGAACAAAUGGUUGAUUCUUCAGCAAUAAUCGAUAGCUUGUUCCAGAAGAUGCACCCGGAGAUUUCGAAGUCUGAAGAUGAUGAAGAGACUAAGUGGCGCAAGUGGGUGGACAAUCACCUUGUGCAUCUUUUGUCACCAAACAUAUACAGGAAUACUUCAGAGGCUCUUGAAUCCUUUGAUUACAUCACCACACAUGGAAAUUUCAGUUUCACCGAAAGAUUAGUGGCAAAGUAUGCAGGAGCAACCGCGAUGUACUUUGUGUCAAAGAAACUGAAGAAGAAAUAUAACAUUACUGAUGAACGUGCGGCUCUGUAUGAUGCUGCUGAGACAUGGGUCGAUGCCUUGAAAGAGCGUCCAUACCUCGGUGGGUCAAAACCGAACUUGGCUGAUCUUGCAGUAUUUGGUGUUCUGAGGCCAAUAAGAUACCUUCGAUCUGGUAAGGAUAUGGUGGACAACACACGCAUUGGCGAAUGGUAUUCUCGAAUGGAGAACACGGUCGGUGAGCCUUCUAGGAUCGAAGAAUGAAGGAUCGUUACUCUUUAUCUCUAGUGAAAAUAUGAAUUGCAUAACGUACCGCUGAAUUUCACAGCGUUACAAUAUUUUAGGACUAGAGAAGGAAGAAAAAGAAACUAAAGGAAAUAAUCUCUUCUCGUUAAUGGGGGAUUUUGAAUAUACUGUGACAUGCUUUGUUUGGUCACUGUUGCUAUGGUAAAACAAAAGUGGUUUCUUUGAUUUUUUUUUUUUUCA